CGACCGGGUUUUUCUUUCCCUCCGUAUUUCCAUAUUUUCAGAUUCCAUUUUUUCGAUUCGAGAGAAAUUCGACUCGAUGGUUUUCUUCGUAACGUAAACGUUUACCUUUACUUUUGAAUUAACGCACGCUCGAAAGAACAACGCAGAAUCGGACGACGAAAAUAUGGAGAUUCAUGUGUGUGAGAGAGAGAGAGAAAAGAAAGGAAGGAAGAAAAGAGAAUGAGAAUAAUAUUGUACGCGUUUUUUGUACUACACUCGUUCGACGCAUCGCUUCGCCUCGUUCACGCGACGGAUGAGGAGGGAACGACGUUGGCCGGGGUGGAGAAGAGGGAGGAGAGGGAGGAGGAGGAGGCGGAGAUGGACAUGGAGGAGGUGGGGAUGACGGAAGAGGUUAUGGAUCCGAAAAUAAAGAUAACCGAUGUGCCCGACGUGGAAGAGACAACCGAGGAGUUCGACCCGAGUUGGGACAAGAACAAGGUUAUACGGGACGUCGCCUAUUACAUUCGUGGCCACAAAUUUGGCGAUUUCGAUCGUCGUUACUACAAGAGGUACGAGGACGCGGUGAGCAAACCGUACGAGGAAUUCCCCAAGCCGGCUCUCAGAUCUCUGCAUUGGGAGGUGCACAGGUACUGCGAUGCGAGUUUCCUCGAGUGUCUGAGAUAUCUGGAGGGCGUCAUCGAGCAGACCGCGCUGAAACGGCAGGACGACACCAUCACCGCUAUAAAUGAACAGAAAUGGGUUCUACCCGACAAUAUGCAGCAGAUACUGUCCGUUCAAAAGGAAUGUCUAAACGCGAUGGAGCGUGACAAAAAAGUGAUGCCGCCGUUCGAAGGUCCGAUAGAACGAUUUCAGUGGCGCACCACGGUGAGUUAUUACAUGUGCUGGUACACGAUGCUCGGCGUUCCAGAGCUGAGCAUUUUCGGGGAGCCGUGUGACAAUCACGCGAACUGCGAGAUCCGGCCGACGGGGGACCCGAGGGCCGAUGACACGGAACCGUAUGCCUGCGCCCUUUACAGCUUCUGCCCAGAUCAUUGUUGUCCCAUGAAACGUAUCGGGGAUAUGACGGAUUGCCACCAGUCGGAGGCCAACCCCUGUUACGCUGGGAACGAGCCAGGCAACAGAGAGUGCAAGUUGGACCGAGAGAAGAAUCAAGAUUUUUUGAGCUUGGUCGGGAAUCAGAUCAACAUCAGCUGCCAAUGCGGCGAGCCCGGAUACGAGUGGUCGGCGAGGUUCGGCCUUUGCGUGGACGUGAACGAGUGCGCGAGCGGCGAGCACCGUUGCUCCGUAGAGGAUGGCGAGACGUGUUGGAACAUGGCCGGCGGUUACGAGUGCGUUUGCAAAUUUGGCUACACGUACGAUCAGGAGAAGAGGGAGUGCGUGGUGAGCCCCGAGGUUGCCUUGGUGUUGGCGGGGUGGAAGGAGGAGGAGAACGUCACCGAGGAGAAGAACAUUAUCGAGAUGAUCGUGAAAACUCUCGCGAGAGCGGCCGCCAAUCGCCCCGUGAUCGAUCGUUCCAUCCUUUUUACCGUGAUGGUCGUUCCACGCCUCUUCUUCGUUCCGAGAAAUAGUCAGGGAUAACACGAUCAUACUUCUUUCCCGCUUUUUAAACGUUUCAUAGAAUGAUGGAAUAAGACACAUAGAGAUAAUAAGAUUAACGAGCGACAAAAUUUGACAAUGAAUAUUGAUGUAUUGGUUUACCUGUUUGUUCCAAUGGAAGGGGAUCUUGUUGCAAAUUAUCGUUUUAUAAAGUUAUUACAUAUUGUAUUUAACUUUUCACUACUUUCAUAUAUGUAUGUAAUCAAUCGAUCAGAUAUGUUACAUCGUCUAGAGAUGGUCUAACAUUGUAUUAUGUUAAGAUACAAUUUUAACGAAUAAUUCUUUUUAAUUAAAAUAUCGCGUGGAUCAAUGGUUAAACCACUCGUUCUCUUUGUUUUAUUCCUGGAUUUAGAGUAGCGUGGAUCGAUUGUAAUUGCGAUGAUGACUGUGACCAAGUCCAAUAAUAUCAUUUCUUGUGUGCGGAUAAUUAAUCGUUUUUUAGAUUUAGAAAUAUGACGUUGUAAUUACGUGUCUCGAGAUCAAGGAUACAGCGAUGAAAAAUGAUAUAGAAUACGAUAAUUAUUGUAAUUUAAUGAUAAUAAGAUGUAAUAGGAUAUGUAAAUAAGGCGAGAUCGAUUAAUAUCGCGAAACAAUUAUUCGUGUGAAAACGAAUAAGCGAGAUACUUGUACCUGCGAGCAAUUCAAAUUUUAAUCUUGGCGUGCAAUAGCGGCGGGCGCCAUUUCGUACGUUUCUUGCUCUAUCGCGGCUCCUCUUGGACGAUUAUUUGCAUUGGGGGGAGAAAAACAAUAUUCUCCCGUUGCUCGCGCGAUAUUUAGCAUAGUAAUCGUGGAUGGAAAAUGGAAACCUCGUAAUGCAAAGCAUCUCGCUUGCACGAAACACACGUUUUAUUUUUUACACGACCCUUGAAAACGAAGCCGGAUAAAUUCGAUCAGCCUUUGUAACCUCGCGGUGACAAAUGUUGCUUUAUCGGGAAAUUUAUCACGGUUCGAGGGUGUUUAAAGCGCGAAUACGAGGUGCAUAAAGUUAGCGUUUAAAGGGUAGUUUCUCCUCCACGCUCCACCCUUAUUUUUCUCGAGAAAAACGACCCUUGACGGCAAUCCAAUUUUCCUCCGCGCCCCAGUCAGUUUAAAGCGAUCGUGGUUGCGUAUAUCGUUAACCGUAUCAAUCCUGCGAAAUGUUUGCAAAAUCCAUGCGAUUAUUUUUAUUUCAAUUAGAAUAUGCUUGGAUAUAUUUACAAAAUUUGACAAUGAAUAUUGAUGUAUCGGUUUACCUGUUUGUUGCAAUGGAAGGGAAUCUUGUUGUAAUUUAUCAAUUAUCGUUUUGUAAAGUUAUUACAUAUUGUAUUUAAUUUUUCACUAUUUUCGUAUAUGUAUGUAAUCAAUCGAUCAGAUAUAUUGCAUCUUCUAGAGAUAGUCCAACAUUGUAUCGUUAAGAUUUACAAAUUUAACGAACAAUUCUUUAUAAUUAAAAUAUCACGUGGCAAGAGACCAACCUAUGUGUAAUCAGAAUCGAUUGGUAUCGGAUGGAGAAAAAAAUUUAAUGAACGAUUCUUCACAAUUAAAAGUUUUAAUUGAAAUUUUAAUUGAAGCAAUUUGCAUAUACGAUCGAAACUGAUCGAAGACAAAACUUAACGAACGAGUUCUUUAUAACUGAAGUUAAGGUUGAAACGAUCGAUAAAUAGAUCGAUCAAAAUUGAUCGAUAUCGGCCGCCAAACAUACACAUGCCGUUUAUUAUUGGGAAGAAGUCUCGCGGAAGGAAUGCGAAUCUGAUUGAAUUAAAUUGAGUGCUUUUUUGUUUCUUCACCAUGGUCAUCCAAAAUAACGAUCUGUAUCUAAACCUCGAUGUUCUAAUCGACUUAACUAGAUCCAGAUGACUUAGAAGUUUUACUAAAAAUGAAAAACUAAAAAUUAUAUAAUUCGGUUCAUAUAGAGAUAAAUAUAUAUGUAAUAAUUUCCAUUGAAUAACAUAAAAAAGUAAGGAACGAAAAAAGAUAAUAGUUCUAAUUAAACUGUGAUUAAGAUCUAAUGAUAAACUUUGAUUAAUUACCUUUGUAUGAAGAAAGAACUUAAUAACUUAGAAUUUUAACUAUAAUCUUAAAAUGAUCUAGAAUGAGCUAAACAUCAAUGCAUUAGAAUAGGCAUAGAAUCCAAAGAAUUCUAACAUAUUUGAUAUAAUAUAAAAAUUUUUUCAUAUGUUAAUUAGGAUUUGUAACGAUAAUUUAAUUUAUAAAUGUAAUUUUGUGUUCGAAUAGUUAAGAUAAUAAUUGCAUAUAUAAAAUAUUUCCUAACGUAACUUCAUAAAUGAAAAUAAUUUUCACGACUUUGAACGUUCAAAUUAUAGCUCAUCAUGUAUCCGUGUGGUGUCAGCAUUGGCAACAAAACGUGUGAAGUGGGGAUAAAGGUCCCUCUUGCCUUUGUGCCGUCCCGCCAGUUUCUUUCCAGUUUUCGAAUAGCGAACAGCAGCUUCGACGUCGAAAAAAAUCUUUAAGACUUAACAUCGAGGAAAGUAGGAAAAAUCGAUCUCUCGACUCUUGCAUCGCGUUUCAAGCAUGUUUCAAAAUGAAUUCCACACUCCAUGGGAAAAGGAACGUGUGAUAAAGUGAUUUAACGUAGCGAGAGGGAUCACUUUAAGGAAUUAGAUUGGUGAUGCGUAGGCGGGCAUAAAGACGUUACUUUUCUACGCUAUUAGCCAUUUUUCCGCCCUUUGAGCGCUUUCAUCGGGAGCUGCUUUAAAAGAAUCCUCGUUUCCAUGUGUAAAUCGCGCCCGAUUCAAUCAUCUUCCAAGCAUUUUUAUUUUCCUUAACUUUUUCCACUCGAUGUAUCGAUUUUUUUUUUUACUUUUUUGUACUUUUUCCUCGAAGUUGAGCUAUGCUUGGGAAAAUUCUUUAAAAAAAAAUUCCUUCUAACUACCGAUAAUUUUUCCUUUCGCGAAUCUAGUUUUUUUUUUUCGAAAGAUUUUAUUAAGGGGGAAGCACUUGCUAAGCUACUUACAAAUUGAAACGUUUCGCGUUGUUCGACAAGCUUCUUUUUUAAAAAUGUAAUCGUAUUUAAUCACGUCAUUUUCCAAAGGUUAUUAAAACUUUGAUUUUUUAAAUUUGCCUGUUAUAAAAGUUUUUUUUCUUUUUUUUUUUUUAGGAAAAAGUUGGGAAACAACCUGAGUCUAAUUUAACGCAAGCACGGUGAAAUAUUGUUGGGGAUACCUUCGAUUCGUUAUGGUACGCUUUGAGUAAUUCUGCCAAAGAGUUUCCUUACCUACUAAGAGUGUACGAUUAUCAGAACCAAGGUUCAUGCAGGAUAGUUACUCCUCUCCUUUCAUGAAAUUUCGUUGGACAGAAAUUCAAGCUGUUCAGACGAGAAUUGAACAAGUCGGUCAAACACACGAAUUCCCCGGGAAUAAUAUUUACAAAAUAAAAAGAUAGAUACGAGAGAUAAUCGACAAACUUUAAGCUCGAAAUAAUCGAGAACGAGAAAGAACUUGAAACGUUCUUUCCUUCUGUGCUACAAAGCGAAAAUAAUUCGGUCGAUACGUGUUCGUUGCACACGUGCGUCGAGUUUCUUUCCCGAACCGAUAACUGUACACAUUCUCGAUCUGUACAGAAGCAUAAUCGGAAAAUACCUCGAGAAACAUCGGAUCGACCGUAUUGGAAUCGUGUUUUCCACUUACUUUUCUUGCUACACGCCAAUUCAUAAUUGUUAACACGCGACGUCUCGGCCUAAUAAUUUCGUAAAUGUUUUCUUGCUAAACUGCGCGAUUUAAAAUUCUAAUUUCGCGUGCAACCGGCUGCUGGCGCUGCACGCUUUGCUAUAUAUUCCGUGCUACACGAAUACAAAGUCUCGUGAUGCGAGUUCACGACCUAAUCGAAUAGAAUUAAUUCUUUACGAAUUUUAAAUGUUUCCCCGGUUUCCAUCCGUUUAACUCGACCGAUUACAUAUUUAGAUGUUGAUACACGAGCAUAUAUUUUACUUCACAAUAAUUAUUGCUGUACGAAUGAUGGAAUUGAAGUUUUUGAUUGGUUAGUAACUUAUUCAACUUGGAUCAAAAUUAAAUUUAAAUAUUUCUGUUUCAAUAUUUUUGUCCGAUCAUUAGGAUUUAUUUUAUGAUACAAUAUUGCGUUGUUGAUUAUUUCCAUUAUGUUCUUUCAAUAGGAGUAGUUUUUGCUAUUGUUUCUAGAUUUAUUUAU